AUGUCGAUUACACUGGCUACGUCUUCCCAGGGCAGCGUGGAGGUGGCCGUUCCUGCCCUGGAAUUUGCGAAGCCAAUCCGUGACCUGGCGGCCACCGCGGGGCAGCCUGGCACCAGCCGCCGGCACAGCCUCCUCCUGCUCGUGCUGGGCGUCCUUGCCCUCGACCACCCUGCACGAGGCCAGCUCAGCAGCACCCUGAUCCUCGCCCAGGACAACACCGCGCGGAGCUGCCGCUGCCCCGGCGACGUCCGGGACUGUGACUACAGCCUGGCCAGCCUGCUGUGCCGCCCCGGCCCCCGGCCGCCUGCCCGUCUGGUUCACCCUCUCCCCGCCCUGGGGCUCCUGCUGAACUUCACGCUGGUCCGGGACCUGGGGCUCUCGCUGUGCACGCACACCCUCCCUGCCCGGCCCCUGGCCCUCUGCGGCCUGGAGGGGCUCCGUGUCACCGUCGCCGCCCAGGCCGGGCGCCCCGCGGCCCCGCAGAGCCUCCUCCUGCCCAGGGAGCCCGAGAGCAGCACCCGGGCGGCCGGCGGGCCGUCCUGUGCGGACAUCGCCCUCCUGGACACGGGCCCCCUCAACAGGGGGUCGGGCCUGAAGGCCUACAGUGUCCAAAACGUGGCCGACAUCACCGGCAGCUUCCCCUGCUGGUCUGACCUUAGCGCCUCCCCGAGCGUGAGCAGCAAGAGCCGCGUGGUCACACUCGUUUCCUAACGAGUCACUGGUCCCCCCGCCCCCCGGGACUCGGGCCACUGUGGUCGUCUGAAGAAGGGACGGGAGCCAGCUCCUGGGCAUCGCAGCUUCCCUCGCCAGCCCCUCACCGCAGGGCCACUGGUACCAGCACCAGUACCAGCCCCUCUGCCCAACCAGGGCUGUUUGCAAAAACCAAACAAAAGGAAACCAAAAGCCACCUGGGUUCAGCCCAGAACGUCUUGAGGGCCAGCUGGCGGUCCCUGCGACCCCGGGGGGCGUGGAGUUAGACAGAAAGGGGGCCGCAUGCGCCAGGGACCCGCC